AUGACAUGCUGAUCAAGCUUUGGGACUGGGAGAAGAAGUGGACCUGCACCCAGGUGUUUGAAGGGCACAGCCACUACGUCAUGCAGAUCGUCAUCAACCCCAAGGACAACAACCAGUUUGCUAGUGCCUCCUUGGACAGGACAAUCAAGGUAUGGCAACUAGGAUCUCAGACCCCAAACUUUACAUUGGAAGGUCACGAGAAGGGAGCAAACUGUGUUGACUAUUACUCAGGGGGAGACAAGCCAUACCUUAUCUCUGGGGCAGAUGAUCGACAGGUCAAAAUUUGGGACUACCAGAACAAAACCUGUGUUCAGACGUUGGAAGGCCAUGCUCAGAAUGUGGCAGCUGUCGCCUUCCACCCGACUCUUCCCAUCAUUCUAACAGGAUCAGAGGAUGGCACUGUACGAAUCUGGCAUGCCAACACAUACAGGCUGGAGAGCACUUUGAACUACGGGCUGGAGAGAGUCUGGACCAUUGCCUGUCAGAAGGGAAGCAACAAUGUUGCCGUGGGCUACGAUGAAGGCAGCAUCAUUAUCAAGCUUGGCAGGGAGGAACCAGCCAUAUCGAUGGAUUCAUCCGGAAAGAUCAUCUGGGCCAAACACUCCGAGAUCCAGCAGGCCAACAUCAAGGCAAUAGCAGACCAGGAGAUCAAGGACGGGGAGAGGUUGUCCCUGGCGGUCAAGGAUAUGGGUAGUUGUGAGAUCUACCCACAGACUAUCUCUCAUAAUCCUAAUGGCAGGUUCGUGGUUGUCUGUGGGGAUGGAGAGUACAUCAUCUACACAGCAAUGGCCUUGAGAAACAAGUCGUUUGGUUCAGCCCAGGAGUUUGUGUGGAGCAAUGACUCGUCUGUCUAUGCUGUCAGGGAGGGCAGCACUUCUGUGAAAAUAUUCAAGAAUUUCAAAGAGCAGAAAUCAUUCAAGCCAGACUUUGGAGCUGAGGGUAUCUUCGGAGGUCACAUGUUGGGUGUGAGGUCAGUGAGUGGUCUGGCUUUCUACGACUGGGAGACCACUGAACUUGUCAGACGCAUCGAGAUCACACCAAAACAUAUUUUCUGGAGUGAGAACGGAGAGUUAGUUUGCAUUGCCACAGAAGAUUCUUUCUUUAUACUGAAGUUCAGUGCAGAAGCUGUGGAGAAUGCCAAGGAAUCCAAGGACAAGAUUACGGAAGAUGGCAUUGAGGAUGCUUUUGAGGUGUUGAAUGAAGUUGAAGAGAGUGUCCGGACUGGCUUGUGGGUGGGAGACUGCUUCAUCUACACCAACAGUGUCAACAGACUCAACUACUACGUGGGGGGAGAGAUUGUCACCAUAGCACAUCUUGAUAGGGUAAUGUACCUGCUUGGCUACAUCCCGAAAGAAAACCGGCUGUACCUCGGAGACAAGGAGCUUAGCAUUGUCAGCUACUCCCUGCUGGUGUCGGUGCUGGAGUAUCAGACGGCUGUCAUGAGGCGGGACUUUGAUACAGCAGACAAGGUGUUGCCAACUGUUCCUAGAGAGCAACGCACUAGAGUGGCACACUUUCUGGAGAAGCAGGGUUUCAAAUCUCAAGCGCUGGCCGUGACCUGUGACCCUGAACACAAAUUUGAGCUGGCUAUCCAGCUUGGAGAGCUGCGUACUGCAUACGAGCUGGCCAAGGAGACGCAGUCUGAUCAGAAGUGGAAGCAGCUGGCAGAGUUGGCGAUCAGGAAGUGUGAGUUCGGUCUUGCUCAGGAGUGCCUACAUCAGGCCCACGAUUAUGGUGGUCUUCUUCUGCUGGCCAGCUCUGCAGGCAACCGGGACAUGGUUGGCAAACUAGGAGAGGCCGCAGAAAAAGCCGGGCAGAACAACGUGGCAUUUUUAUCCAACUUUAUCUUGGGCAAAUGUGAGGAAUGCCUGGAGAUUCUCAUCAACACGGGGCGUCUGCCAGAAGCUGCAUUCUUUGCCAGGACAUAUUUGCCAUCUCAGAUCUCGCGGGUGGUGUCCUUGUGGAAGAACCAGGUCAAGGCCAUCAACAAGAAAUCUGCAGAUUCUUUGGCUGACCCGGCUGAGUACGAGAAUCUCUUCCCAGGUCUCAGGGAGGCCAUCAAGGCAGAGCAGUACCUGAAGCCACAGAGAGAGAAGGUGCUACCUGCUGCGGCAUUCAGCAAAGUUCCUAGCAACUCUGAAAGGAAUCCUGUAGAGGAGAUGCAGCAGGCGGAGCAGAGGGGAACGUUUGUCUUUGCUGCCCCAGUGACAAAAGAUGAUGAUGAUGAUGAACAAGAUGACGAUAACUUUGAAGAGGCAGUUGAAACACCAACAAAGAAGCAACUGUCCAAAAAAGAAGAACCUGUUGAACCCCAGCCAUCAGCGGCACCGGCUGUGAUCAGACCUGCACCAGAAGCAACUCCACCGCCUCCAGUGGCAGACCUGCCACCAGCACAGCCUGAGCCUCAACAGCUGGUGGAUGAUUUUGAGAAGGAGCUUGAGCUGGACCUAGAAAAUGUCACUAUUGAGGAUAUUGAAGCUGCAGAGAUGAAUCUGGAUGAAGACGACUUGUUACAGGACUGA